GUGCUCUUAAAAAAACAAAAACCAAAAAAAAUUAUCCCUCUUCUGGACUAAAAAGAAACGUCUAUGCAUUGAUUCAUAACUCUUGAAUGAGAUAUAUAUGACAGAGAGUAGGAAGAAAUUAUCAACUUUCACAGUGCAGAAGGGUCUUCAACAGAGUGCAGAAAACAUCUGGCUGGAGCCUGUGCUGUUCAGCACACUCAGAUAUGUUUGAGAAAGGAGGUAAACAGUGUAUUCAAAACUUUGCCGAUGAUAGUGCCACUCCUUUGACAAGCACAUUGUUAACUGUGAAUCACUUUACCAGAGGAUGGUGGGUAUGCUACAGAUUUACAUGCACUCUUACCCCUGUCUGUCAAACACUUGGGCACAUCUGGAAAUUUUCACUCAACGUGAGUCCCAUGAGGCACUCUCUGUGUUAAUGAACUGCAUUGCAUUGCAAGGGCAGGCUUUGAGAGAGAAAAACAUUAUACAGGCAUUACAGGAACCUGUCUCGUGUGCCUGUCAUCACUAUGACAGCAAGAAGCAGUCCUCAGCAACCAGUACAAACCCAUUCUGUGUCAUCAGCUUCAGAGAGCACCUUAUGGUGCCUUAUUCAUGCUGGUUGAUUCUCUGAACUGGAUCUUGUUAAAGAUUAUAAUUGGAAAAGUGCUAUGCUCCUAUUUUUUUAUAUGCUCCUAUUUUUUGAUCCUUUAGGAUUCAGGUGCUGAAAAACAAUUCUCGUUGUCUCACAUUGUCUUAAGCACUAGCUUGUCUAUUAACUCCUGGCAGCCCAGCUUCACUUGAAGUUGCUAUGUUUAGAUGACUUUAUUGGUGUGUGAAACAGAAAAAUGAAAAGCAUAUCAGCAUGCAGGAAUGAAAGUCACCAAUUGCCUGGGUCAUAAAGAAUAAAAAUGUUCAAUAGUUUAAUACUAGAAAAAUGAAUGCAGUUGAGUUAUCCUUACAGUAAGACUACAGAGAUUUGGGUCGUGAGAAUAUUUCUGUCUGUUCUCCUUUCCUUCUUGUAAUAAGAACAAUGUAUCGUUGCCUCUCACAUAUUCUGCAAAUCACAGCAGCAUGUACACUGCAUGCCAAGGGAUGGAUGCCAGCCAUAGGCAUGGGCUUUAGAAUUACUUCUUUCGGUGUGAAGCCCCUAUGGGUGCAUUGCAAGCGUAGGAUAUAUUUCUUCUGUCACAGAAUUAAGCACCAGGUGCACUCGGUCAACAGACCCUAAAUUAAACCUGCUAUUUUUUGGCAAAGGGGAUUCUAUAGCAGGAGAGAGGCAACAGCAAAGAAGAAGAAAUUACUACAAUUCAGGUCUGCUUGUGGGUUGUAAGAGGCAAACAUUAGAGGGAAUCUAGCUGGUUUUGUAAUGUGUGAAACUUGAAGCCUUUUUGAGCAUCAUUGGCUAAGUCCAUGUAAUACUAAUGUAAAGUAGGAGGGUCUUCAUUUUCUAGAUAAAUUGAGGCAGAUAAAUAUGAAGAAACUAGGUCAAGGUCACAUGAAUGGGGAAAAUCAAAGAACAUGUUGUUGUAAAUCUAAAAUACUCCUUACCCCAAAGCACUGCUCCACAGUAUGGAAGAAACCAAUAGUGCAAAAAAGAAAUGAAUCUACAAUAAUCUGUCUCUACUGCAAGGUGAGAAGAAAUAUAUCAGAAUAUGUCCAUCUUUGUAUCUUCCAGCACUUUAUCGCAUACACACAUCUUAAGGCCUGAAAAGGAAGACUGCUAGCUGUCUCCCAGAAGAUAUGAUUUGCUCUUCUUUUCCACUGGUGGAAAUUGUGUGUGUUAUCUCUAAAUUUCAGAAUAAAAUAAAUAAAGCUAAUUAUUUAAAUACUCUAAUAUUUUGUAUCUUAUAUGUUUAUUUAUUUAUUUGCAAUUUUAAAUAUAUGUUUCAAGUACAGAUAAGAGAAAGGCAGGCACUGAAUUUCUUUGUCCUUUUGACAAAUUUUUGCUUUAAAACUUCAUAUCUGAGAUGCUCCUUUGGGCUUUUUAGUGUUAUGGGAUAGGAGAGCACAAUGUCUUUUGAAAAAUCUCAUUGUACAUCUAGAUAUGUCUUUAGGUGCCUGAAUUAUCUGAAGGAAAAAACCUAACAGGAUUUGAUACUGCAAGGAUGUAUAAAAAGUACUCACAUACUGGAGCAAAUCCCAAUGAUUUCUAAUGACCCACUGAUACACAACUAACCUCCUAUCCUGGAGAGAAAAUGCUGUGACAUUUGUAACUUUUGAAUGGACUUGACUUAUUUUACCAUUCUGGCUUCUCUUUAUUUUCGUCUCAUGGGUUUCCCAUUUAAACCAUCUCUCCCAGCAGAUUUCACGUUUGCCUCACAGGCAUCAGGGAGGACCUGUGGGACAGUGGAAUGGGGGACUCCAGAUUCUUUUCUCUCUUGUCCAAGGGUGGAGGGUUGUCAGAGAAGAGGCUUCCUUUCAUGGAAACGGAAAUGACUUCUCAAUGUGAGAAGAUAUGGAGUGCUUCACUGGAUAUUUUUCCUGAGUAAUUAUAGCCAGAUUGGCCCACUGUGAACAGGAUUUUGACUGCUUCAUCUGUCUUUGUUUUCUCCUCUUAUUUCAUCUUCAUUUUAGUGUCUGUGUCAUGGUAGAAGAACAUUAUUCUGUGAGGUUUUUUUUUAAACCAGUAAAUCCUGCUUCCUGCAACCAAUAUAGAUUUGUCUGUCUUCUGGGUCAUAGAAGUUUGAUCGUUUUUAUUUUAAAUUAAUCAGAUCCUGGCUGAAAGGAUCUGGUAAAGCUAAUACACAACAAUUUUGCAACAGUCAUACCAGGCAAUCUUCUGAUUGCUCCACCACCUCUUUGAAAUUAAGUUUUGCAUGCUCAGUUAGGGAACCACACAUAUCUUAUCCUCAAUAGGAGCAGUGGUUUUGAAAGAAAAAUAAACUAACAUUUUACUGUAAUAAAUACAUCUUCAUUUUUUUUUUCCCUGGUAGAAUGGAACAAUGAUAUAUUGCCUGAAAAUUGGAAGUGAAGUACUGUGUAGAAACAGGAACAGAAAGGCCAGUACAAAACUAUUUAUAGCCUUGGGAAAUAAAUGCAGCUGGGUUAAAACAGCAGAGUACAUUAUUUUAGUGAGUAGGGACAAGUGUCUCUGUCUCAUGAACAUGCCCUUCUGUAUUGAAAGGUGGAGGGUCUCAGAGCCUGCAGCUCCCCUUUGCAGUACAGCAUCUCUCCUCUCACCAUCAGUCUCAGCUAAUUUGUGCUAACAGCUCUUGUCUGGACAAGGGCGUCUGCACCUGAAUGUGUAGAAGGAGCACUCUUUUCUGGGAAAUUGCUGCAAGUACCAAGUGAAAUAAAACCCACCUCCGGGUUAAAAUAAAGAAAACAAAUAGAUCCUCUGACAUCACCUUUUCUUACAAGCAGAGGCUAGGUCAGAGCAGUAGCUUCUUGGAGGAAAAAGGAAAUGCUGAGCUACCCACUGCUGCUGACAGUAAGCCUGGCUAGAAGACAGAAAAGAAGGUGGUUACCUAAACCUCAGCAGUAACUCUGCUGAACUCAGACUUAUUACCAGAGCUCAUGCAAAAGCUUUCUUACUAUACUAUGACUUCUAGUGCAAUUCAGCUUGUCAAGCCAAAUGCUAGAACAAAAUGUUCUCCUAUUGUUCUUCAUUUUUCUCCUCAGCACUUACUGGAUUUCUCUGAAAAGAGACAGAGGUGUGACCAAGGCACUUCUCACAAGAGAUGCUGCCUUAUAGCUACAGUGUUGAAUUGUCAAAACUUUUGACUUUUGGCAGAAAACAACGGUUAGACAUAUUUCAGCCUGGAAAAAGAUGUAGUGAACUUUUAAAACAGAUAGAAUAUUUCUAUCAGUUUUCCCACUUAUAUUUCUAUCACAGACACUUUUAAAAUGGAAGUUCUCUUGGCUCCCUAUUUAUAGUAACUUCUGUAGUUUCAACUAACUCUUAAAAAUUACUAACUUAAAAUGUAAAAUUAUUAAAACUGGAAGCAUUUUGAAAUUAUGAUAAAUUAACAUGUUGAUUCUUUUCAAUGCAUACUAACAUAUGUAUGAGUUUGACUUCCUGCUGUCUCCGAGAUAAGAUGUUUUAAAAGGCUCCCAAAUGCUUUCCCACACAAGGAACACUAUUAUUUGCUUAGCUGUCAUUACAACAGCAUUGCUAACUAUAAACUUUAAACAAUGCUUACAUAAUUAUUUGAAUGAAAAUUCCACAAUAAUUUAAUAUUCCUCCUAAAUUUUCUGUGUUUGUCCCAUCUGUAUUUUGAAAAGCACAAAAAAGAAAUAGUGAGGGAAUAUGAACAGAAAGCAAAAGCCUUGCAACCCUAUAUAAAGCUAAGAGAAAUAAUCUAUUAAUAAUCUACCUGGAGUCUUAGUCUUUAUAUUUAGUUUGUCUCUAUCCUCAGACAUGGCUCUGCUCAUGUGGUGUUUUCAUUGGGGCUGGAAGGAUUACCAGUAAACCAUCUGUUCAGUCGGUGAGAAAAAAUGUGAUUGACAGGUGCCACUGACCUAAAACAGACAUCUCCAUUUGGUGCUGCCUGCAGAGUACAACUACAUGCUAAGUUACUUCUUCCUUCGAGUUGUAAAUGAAGUACAUUCACUCUGAGUGAUAAAAUGUGUUUAAUGAUUGUUACAGCCUGUUUUCUUACAUGUAUCCACCCGCUAUGUGCCUGUCUUCUUCCUUUUCAGCUUACUAGAACCUAUGAAAUCGUUAAUCUCUAAGCUGGCACGAUGCUGAGGGAAUGAGGCGCUGCAGAUAUCUGAGGGACGAUAAUCCUGUUUGUCUCCAGAACUGUGGAGGCUUCAGGAAGGACUGGCAAGCUGCAAGAGACCCUGGCAUUUGCCCAUCGCUUUAAAGAAGAGCCACCUCUAUGUUGUUGUCAUUCAGCCCACUGUCUGGGAUUUGGUUUUGUUUCAUCAUUAAAUAAAAGUGGUGCUUUUCCGAGAAAGGUCAUUGUAAAAUUGGGUUCAGCCCCUUUAUUUCUUGAUGUGGAGGCAAGUUUUGCUCUACUUCAGGACUCACAGCUACCAUGCAGACAACUGUCAAGCAAAGGAGACUCUCCAAAAUGAAGAUGAUGUUAAAGCAGCACAGUGGAUUUUCAAGCCUCCGAGGCCUGCCGGGCCCCUCGCCCCGCUGUCAGCUCUGCUCUCCAGCCCCUUCCUGCGGCCGCAGCUCCCCGCCCGCCGGCCCUGCCCGCGCUUCGUCUCGGCGCCCCGUCGAGACGCCCCGGGGCCCCGCUUCGGCCCCGCGGGCUUAGCGGCGCUGCUGGCCGGUAGCGGGGCGGCCGCCCGCUGCCCGCUCGCCGCCCUGCUGCGGGGCCGCUGGGCUGAGCCGCCGGCCCCAGCCCCGCCGCCGCCCAGCCGCCUCCCCCCGGAGCGCCGGAGAUGCCCGGCGUGCCACGGAGCCGCGUCGCCGCAGCCCCGCGCUGCCCCCGAGCCGCCCGGCGCUCCCAUGGGAUCAGAGCGGAUGGAGAUGCGCAAACGGCAGAUGUCUACGACCCAGGAGACCCCAGGCACAGCACAGGCUCAGCACAGCACAGGAAAUCGAGGGUCCAAUGCCUGCUGCUUCUGUUGGUGCUGUUGCUGCAGCUGCUCAUGUCUUACUGUUAGAAAUCAAGAUGAAGAGAGAGCAAGGAGAACAUCUCAUGAACUCCAAGCAGAGGGUAUUCCAAACUGCGAGGAAAGCCCUGCCCCUACUCUUGAAGAAGUGAAUGGCUGGGCUCAAUCAUUUGAUAAAUUGAUGCUUACUCCAGCUGGCAGAAAUGCUUUUCGUGAGUUUCUACGAACAGAAUUCAGCGAGGAAAACAUGCUUUUCUGGAUGGCCUGCGAGGAACUAAAACAAGAAUCCAACAAAAGUGUCAUUGAAGAAAAAGCAAGACUAAUUUAUGAAGAUUAUAUUUCUAUCCUUUCUCCAAAAGAGGUCAGUCUGGACUCCAGAGUAAGAGAAGUUAUUAACCGAAAUAUGCUGGAACCCUCACAACAUACCUUCGAUGACGCACAGCUUCAAAUUUAUACCUUAAUGCACAGAGACUCCUACCCACGGUUUAUGAACUCUGCUAUUUAUAAGGACUUGCUUCAGUCCUUAUCUGAAAAAUCCAUUGAAGCAUAGAUUCUUUUCUUAAGUGUAUUUAUUUUAAAACAGACGGAACUCUGGGUUACACCAAUCCACAGGGAACACAGAGUUAAUCAGAUAUUUACCUGAAAACAACUCAGGCAAAUUUUACUACAGACUGAAUGAUUUAAAGCCACACAAGGCUCCGACACAAUCAGCCAACUACAGUUCCUGAUCAAACUCAGUGUUACUUUGCAAAAGAGAAUGAAGAAAACGAAAAGAAAACAUUGUUAUUCAGAAAAACGCAGUAUUUUUUCAAACACAGCAGGCAACUUGGAUGCAAAUCCAUUACGACAUACAUCUGAGGUACAAAUGCCAACUGGGCAUGAAAACUAAAUUUAAAGUGGAGCGUUAGAAUUUUCUUGGAAACCAAACCAGUUGCCCCAUCCACACUGUAACCAAAGUAAAAACAGUACUGUCAAUAUCUGGGUUACACUAGACAAAGUUUCAUGUACUGUACCUGGCACAGGUGCACUCCACUUGUCUUGGUAUAUUUAAUGUAUAUGGUGCGCUACUGGGAAUAAGCGUGGCAAUUUCAAGUUUAUGAAAGCUAAUGGUUGAAAUAAUGCUGCCUAUAAAAAUCUUUUGCUGAAGAAUUGUUAUUUUACUACUAGAGUCUGCUAAAAGCAUUUUUAAGUUCAUAUCGUUGAUGUUUAUAAAGUAUUUACUUAAGAGGAAGACGACUGUGGGCAUUUAAAUUCCUAAAUAAAGCACAAGAAUUCUCA